UAUUUUUAAAUCGUUUUAUAAAUUUAUGUAAAUAAUAUUCUCCUAUAUGAAUAGGAGAAUAUUAUUUACAUUAUGAUUAUGAAACUUAGUUUCCCUUACAUAGUUAACAUGACAAGAACUAACAAAGCUGCAUACAAGAAACAUCAGUGGUCAGGUGGAAAAAGGAAACGGCGUCAAGUCCAAGCUGCCUUACAACACCAUUAUGGCACCAAUUCAAGAAACGUGGCUUGGCGUAAUGUUCAAAUGAAUAACCCACCUGACGUCACGAUGUGUGACGAUCCGUCAAAUGCCCAAACGGUGAUAAAUAAUGGUUCAACUAAUGCUGAGUUUGUCACAAACGACUGGAUAUAGUUGGCACAAACAAGCAUGGCUUAAAACCUCCAGCCAUAAUAUUGGCCAACAUUUCCAACUUUACAUAAAAAGGAAAGAACUUAUCCGGAUGCGACGCCAAAGAUGUCCAAGGACGCGCAAUUUUAAACCUACUGUCAUUAAACCCGACAAAGACUAUGGUCCCAAAGCAUGCGAUCCUGUUGACUUGAGCCGAGAAGAUAUAAAAAGAAUAGGGCAAGAAAAGCUUAUGGAACUGCAAGUGACACCCGACCAAAUCGCUGAAAUAGAGCAACAAACUAAAGAUCAGCAUGAUAACGAACUCUACAACGUGAUCAGGAGUGAUAGAUUGACUGCAAGCCAAUUCGGGAUGGUAUGCAAACGACGAAAUAAAACUCCUUGCCACAAUCACGUGAAACAAAUUUUGUAUAAAAACAAUAUUUUAACAUCUGAUAUGAAAUACGGGCAGCAUAACGAAGCUGUUGCAAGGACUCUUUUUGAAACCACAACGAAUAAAAAAGUGGAACGUGCGGGUUUAUUUAUUGAUAAACAAUACGGAUUCCUAGGCGCAAGUCCAGAUGGUAUCAUUAUUGAUGAGAAUGCUCUACUUGAAAUAAAAUGCUUUCCAUCACUGAAAAGAAGCCAAGAAAGCAUUGAAACCGCGGCUGAAAGCCGCGGAAAUAAGUUUUGCUUGAAAUAUAAUAAGGAAGGUAAAUUGGUUAUGAACACAAACCAUAAUUAUUAUUACCAGGUGCAAGGACAACUGCGUAUUGCUGACAUGGCAAAAUGUUAUUUUGUCUGUUUUAUUGACCCUGGGAUAAAUAUGACUAUAAUCGAAGUAGACCGAGACGAGGACUUUAUACACAAUAUGAUACCAAAACUCGUAUCUUUUUACAAGAACUGCAUCGUCCCCGAGCUCAUUCUGCGAAGAGUUCCAAAAAACCAAAAAUGCGUCGAAAUUUCAGACUUGCCUGGUACGUUACAGAUUUAUUUAAGAUUUACCCAGGAUGGAACAGAGGUGGUAUAUUUAUUCAAAGUGUAGUUGAAUUGUUGUUUUUGUACACAAAUUGUAUAUCCGUUUGCCUGAUUCAGUCCUAGAUAUAUACUUCUUACUUUUAGUUCAUCUGAUGUUGGAGCCAGGAGGUUGAUUUGCUAACUCAAUCUACUAGAGUUCAAUUUGUUCAAAAAGUCCUUCACAUUAUCUUUAGCAUAGUCAACGAUGGAACUAUAAAGAAAGAGAGAAAUUGGGCGUCUUUUGUUGUUUUACAGAAUUAAUAUAAUAUUCAUUCCUAUGUAUAGUUAUCAUUAUUUAAAUGAACUCAACACGGGAUGAGCUGUGGUUAAAGUAUAAUUUGUGUUAAUUUAUAGUCAAUAAUUAGUUUUUGGUAAAAAAAAACAUUUUUGGUUUGGUAUAUGUUAUUAUCAAUGACUGCAGUUUUCUUUCCAUAGGCAACAAACAACAACAUUCAGACAAAUCUAAUAAUCCCAAACACAAUUAGCUUGCGUUGUUUUAUCACAGAGUUCCCAUAGACACCUUCUGUGUUCAUCAUCAAAUCAGCUCUAUGUCAUAAUAAUAUUGCAUAUUGUCAUUGUAUUAUGAGUGCAAAAUAUCAACUCAAUCGGAAAUCGGCUAGUAAGCCUUAUUUAGCUUCCAAAAUUUGACCUACACUAACAUACAUACUUAUGGCGUUAUUCAUAAAUAUAGGUAUUCAUAAAACAUUUAAUUUCAAGUACUUUUAACUAUUGUAAUUUCGACUAGAUUUUUUAAACUUUUUUAUCCUUUCCUAUAAUCAAUUAUGAUCGUUUUUAGCUGAUCAUCAAAAACAAUAAACGUCGGACAACGGACAGUUCACGUCACGUCAUCCCUGUAAAGAUGAAAAAAAAAAUAGUAUAGUAUUUGUAAAUAUAUACUCAUGUACAUAGUAAAA